AUGAUUGAAGUUUUAUUUGCUGUACGAGAAGAUCAAUUUGAAGAAAAUCCAGCUAUUCCAACUAGUCUUGAUUUCGUUGCUGAAAUGAAUCAGCUUACAUAUAUGCUUACAUUAGAUAGUACAUGUAAACCUGAACCAAUAUCUGAAGAAAAACAACAUACAAUUGUUGAUGAGACAGAAACAACUUUAUUAAAACCUCGUCAAGAAGUGUAUCCAAUACUUGAGAAAGGUAUUGCUCCUGAAAAAUGUGGAUAUAUAUUACUUUAA